AUGGGAGAUGGAAACUGUGUACAGCUGAACUCAGACAGAAAAUGGACUCCAAAAGAUUGCUCUAAUCAAAGUGCCUUCCUUUGCUAUGGAGAUGAACGUCCACUUAACACCACUGGGGAUUUGACCACUCCUGUUACCCCUGAAACCACCGGCCCUACUUCAACUGGACCUCCCUCAAUCAAGACGUCCACCACAAUAACUACCACUUUACCACCUACUACCACUACUAAUGGAGAGUCCAACACCUCACCAAAUACCACUACUAAUGGAGAGUCCAACACCUCACCAAAUACCACUACAAAUGGACAGUCCACCACCUCACCACCUACCACUACAAAUGGACAAUCCAGCACCUCACCACCUACCACUACUAAUGGACAGUCCAUCACCUCACCACCUACCACUACUAAUGGACAGUCCACCACCUCACCACCUACUUCUACUAAUGGACAGUCCACCGCCUCACCACCUACCACUACUAAUGGACAGUCCAGCACCUCACCACCUACCACUACUAAUGGACAGUCCAGCACCUCACCACCUACCACUACUAAUGGACAGUCCACCACCUCACCACCUACCACUACAAAUGGACAGUCCACCACCUCACCACCUACCACUACUAAUGGAGAGUCCACCACCUCACCAACUACCACUACUAAUGGACAGUCCAGCACCUCACCACCUACUACUACUAAUGGACAGUACUCCACCUCACCACCUACCACUACUAAUGGACAGUACUCCACCUCACCAACUACGACUACUAAUGGACAGUCCACAACACCACCAACAUCAACGUCCAGUGGACAACUGACCUCAAUAGGUCCCACCUCCCCAGACAGGAAGCCCACAUCCUCACCCAGUAUUACAACUUCUCCACUCCAUCCUGAUUACCUGCAGUACUUCAACAAGUCCAAGAGCUGGAUCAAUGCACUGGAAAUCUGUAAAAGUCGUGGCUCCAACCUGGUUCACAUCACCAACCAGACCGUGCAGGCUGACGUGACCCAGCUCCUGGACAAUGUGGAGCUGCCAUGUGGGGGGGUGUGGAUUGGUCUGGAGCGGUCCAUCUUUGAGUGGAGCGCCCCCUGGCUGUGGACCAGUGGGGAUGUUGAUAAGGUGGUGAAGUACAGAGAGUGGCACAGCUGCUUCCCCCUCAACCCCAUCAAUUACCACUGUGGUAAGAUGGUCCGGGUUGGUAACGGAGAACUGAAGUGGCUGGAUGCUUCUUGUCAUCAGGAAUUACCCUUCAUCUGUCAAGAUCUCCACUAGAGGGCUCUCCAUGUCAUUAUGGACAGUCUGCAGACAGACACCACACUGAUCUGCCAGAGAGACUACCACCCACCUGAUCUGGAAGGAACCUGCAUUUCAAUUCAUUAUAUUAUUACACUACGAUUAUUAAUAUUAUUACUACUUUAACUUAUUAUUAUAAUCUCUAUUACGUGAUUUUGCUUGAUGAUACUCUACUUACAUAUACUAACUCAUAAGCAUUGUUAUUUGACCUGUAAUUUACUGUAAUACUUUAGCUGUUUAAAAAUAGAGUAAAGAAAGGUAAAUAAAAUAUUAUUAAAAUGAAAAUGUAGUAUAACUCCUGUGUGAUCUGUACUGUUUGAGAACGGG